AUGGAAACAAUUCAAUCAGUUAUUACAGAAUGGAGUGAUUCAAAAAGUUGGGAUCAUUUAUUUCAACAUAAUUUCAAAGAUUCAAACUGGUCAGAAUUAUUUGACCCAGUAAAUUUCAAAUUCAAAUUUGGUACAACACCAUUUUCUCAAUUCCAAAUUCUUCCAUCAGUUAUUUCCUUAUAUUUAGUUAUAAUUUUUUCAAUUAAAUUUUUAAUGAGAAAUAGAAAACCAUUUUCAUUAAAAUAUGUUUCAAUUUUACAUAAUGCUAUCUUAUGUAUUUGGUCACUUGUUAUGUGUGUAGGAAUUUUAUAUGAAGUUAUUAAAAGAAUUACUGCUGAAGGACCAUUAUUUACAGUUUGUGAAACCGUUUCAGGAUUUGAUAAAGGUCCAGCAUACUAUUGGAGUUAUAUUUUUUAUAUUAGUAAAUUUUAUGAACUUUUAGAUACAGUUAUUAUAGUAUUAAAAAAGAAACCAUUAAUUUUCUUACAUGUUUAUCAUCAUUGUAUCGUUGUUUGGUUAUGUUGGUAUUUCAUGUACAGUGGUUGGAAUCUCCAAUUAUGGGUUGUUUUCUUGAAUACUUUUGUUCAUGUAUUUAUGUAUUACUUUUACUUUCAAACUGGUAGAGGUAAAACAGUUUGGUGGAAAAAAUAUAUUACCAUGAUUCAAAUUAUUCAAUUCAUUUGUCUUGGUAUUGCAGGUCUUUUACAUUCAGCAGCAAUCAAUUUAAAUUCUUCACCAUGUUUCACUCAUUAUCCAGCUUUCAUUUCAGCUUAUUUAAUUAAUUUCUCUUUCCUUUUCUUAUUCUCUCAAUUCUUUGUUAAAUCUUAUUCAAAUAAACCAACUUCAUCAUCAUCAACAACUACUCCAACUAAAACAAAGAAAAUUGAUUAA